GUGCUCUGGGGCGGAGCCAGGCUUCGCUGGGGUUGCAGCCGCGUCUGGGGGUUGCCUUGCAGUAGGUAGGCCUCAUCUUUCAGGGCCAGAGGCAUCGCAUCGCACAUCUGGGGCCGCGGAGACUCAUUUCCAACAGUGGAGGAGGCGGCAGGCUGAGCACAGCUUCGGGAGUUGCCGGAGCAGGGACUCACCUAUGGCGCAGCGCCUGCCGGUGAAGGAUGCGGAGCCGACACUGCCAGUCAGCAGCGGCGCAGGCCCCGGCCUGCACCGCCGCAGCGACUUGCAGCGGAGCGGCGGCAGCGGCGGCGGCGAACCGCGCCGCCGCCGCCCCGGCUCCGCUCCCACCUCCCCCACCCUGCGCGCGGACAAGCCGGCGGGGAGCAGGGCUCGUGCAUUGCUCACGUCACGCUGGCAGCUGCUGAUGCUGGUGCUGGCUGGGCUGCUG